AUGGCCCCCCAUAACUCUUAUCUCGUCUACAAACGAGACACAAAACACCUGCUCUAUUGGAUGGCUCACGCAUCGAAUUCAAUUAUCAAGACUCUUCCAAUCGACUCUGAAGGUGAAUCUUUAUCCCGACCUGCUCUCAAUACAACCGGUCAAACUACUGUUGCUGGCCUAUUGGCCAUGGCGGAGCUGAUCGGAAACCACAUCAACCCUGUUCCGUCUGCUAUUCUCCAGCUACUGCAGUCCGUCAUCUCUGCGAGAUCGGCUCAUUAUGCUGAAUUCCAGCAAUUCGCUGAAGCGAAGCCCAGUCCCGAGAUUGAAAGGAGCAACGCCAGUCAUAAAUAUUUCAUUGACGCUCUUACCACGGCCUUCAAAGCCCUAGGCGGAGACGCCUGGGUGUCGAGAGAGGAGGCGGGGCAUGACUCGGACGAAAUCGAUAUUGAAGAUACCAUCUUGAAUAACAAGUUUUCUGCCCUCAAGGUCGACACAGACGAAGGCGAUGGUUCCUCUGAUGAAGCAUCCGACAAUGCAACCGCCCUCUCAACUGUCCCACAGAGAAGAACCAAGCGCAAGCCUGGCAAGGGAAAGAAGGGAAAGAAGGGAAGCAAGACCAAGGCAAAAAAGAAGCAGAAAGAUACCCCAGCCAAGCUACAGAAUUUGGAAGAAGUGCCUCUAGAGAGCUACCGCAUCAUCCAAGACGAAGAUGGUAUAAUGACCGAGUAUCUGAUGGCUGCGUACUCCAUCGCCAAGGAAUGGGGCGACUUGCGGAACUAUCUCCAAACUAUCUGGCACGAUGUCGCCUACCAGGGAUUUAACAGCGCUGUUGCCGGAACCUUGUCAAACCUUGCCAUUGGCAUGGUUAAAAAGUCGGAGACGGCCAUUUUCCUCGAUUUCCCAGGUCACGAUUCCUACGAGACCUUGAUGCAGACCAUAACACGAGGAAACAUCGAAAAGGUCGCAAAUAACUUCACGGUAGCUCUCCACGUGGAGGGACCGACUGGUGUGCCUGAGAAACUGCAGGAAACCAGCAUAGACGUCAAGGAACAUGUUUUGAUCAACGCUUACGAUGAUCUCAUUGCUUUCAUCACAGACUAUCAAAAGACCAGAAGCGGAAAACCAACCAAAGCCAUGCUAGCCGAAAUCGGUAACUGGGACCCGAGGUUCAAUGUGCAGCGUGCCACUCGAGAGCAGAGGUUGAAAUGGCGCCGGUCCUACACAAUAAACUGGCUUUACGAUUUGGUCAACGUAUUUUCAAGUGUUGUCAUACAACGUAUCCGCGUAAAAGGAGAGCGCCAUGUUCUAGAAAAUGUCGACUGGUCAACUCACGGUCCCUGGAGGCAGCACCGUAUGAUUUUCGGAAUCAACGAAUUCGCUUCUUUCGUUACGACACUGGCAAUGCAAAAGCCCGGCACAGACAUUCGUCAAAAGAUUCUCCCCCAUCAUGUCUUCCAUCUUCAGUGUAUCGUUGAUGCGUUUACAGUAUCGCGUGGCUGGUCAUUCAAUCUCCUAAGGGGUCAUGUUUUGGAACAACCAGCAAGGGAAUUUCGACCAAGAAGAGACGUCGACGAGUUCCUAGAUCGAAACAACAACAAAGAAUUCGGAUAUUUGCAAGCUGUGGAUAUUCUCAAACAGUUGCUUGAGGAGGACGCUUGCCUCAAUGGAGAACCUACGCGUCACAAUGCUCUCUGGGGUGUCCUCGAGGCUAUUCAGUUCGAUUUCAUCAACUGGCUUGGGGAGAGUAAAUACAUGUAUGGCUUGAACAUGAUUCCUCCUUCCCGGUUUUCAAAUUCUGACGCCAACGGUUUAUGGGAAUACUCGCCUUUUCUUUGCGGUGUCGGCCUUAUGGAGGGAUUGGAGUUGAGUUACCGCGCAGCAAUGUUCCUGUGGGAAGCCUUACCUGAGCCCACCAUGCUGAUUCACCUCCACAACAUGCUCGUCCAAAAAGGAUAUAUAGCCGAGCCCGUGGGACUGUAUGCCAGCUUGCAGGAGGUCUUAUCCAGAGGCUUUUUUGUGGACAGUGAAGCCCCAACAUCCAACUUCCACACUGCACUAUCCGACAGAAUACGAAAUGCCAAAUUCAGUUCACGAAGCACUCGUUUUGAUGCCCCGGCAUCAGCACAUCGAGAGCCCGGUGUCCAUUCAAUGCUGGAUGUUCAAGCAAAUGAUAACUUCAAAAAGAAGUCAAACUUGCUGUUAUACCGCGAUGCCGGUUGGGAUCUAGAUCGUAUACCUGAUUUUGAUUUAGACCCCUUCUCGGUUCUUGGACUCAUACGUAUCAGCCAAACAAAGCGUGUUACUGACCCUGCGACCGGCAUAAAGCGGCUUCAAAAUACCGACUUGGUUCGUCGGCUGAGGGAUCGGGGAGUUUCUGAGGAAGAGAUCAUCUUGAUGACGAACCAGCUUGUAGCGAUGAAGCAAGCGGACCACGGCCAACUCGCAAAAGCACAGGCUGCAACCAAGGCUCAGUUUGAAAAGGAUGGGUAUAAUAUCUUUUCUAAUGAGAGUUUCAGGCGCAGGAAUGGCAAAGUACAAGAUACGGGAAUCCAUUUGACAGGGAGCGACAUACUGGGAUGCGUUAAGGCGGACAUCCACAACGAUGUAUGUGGUGAUGUCCCAAUUUCCGGUGUCAACUACAUCUCUAUUACCAUGCGGUUCUUUAUGCAAUUCAUGCAGUUUGAGCAACAACUGACGCUUUUGCGCAAUCCGUUGUACGUACGUGUAUACGAGAAGGAGCGACAAUGGAGUAGAGCGAAAAGGAUGGGACUCGUCACGUUGGCUUUGAUUGAACAGGAUGAGGAAUGCCUGCAGGUGAUGGCCGAGGAAUUUCAGCAUCCCAGAUGCGGGUUCAUGAACUUUGUAUACUGGGAUAAGUUGGUGCCUGUGUCGGAGAUGCUAAAGAAGAGGUCGAAACUUUCGGAGGAUCCGACUAAUGUUGGAUGCUCCGUCAUGUGA